AUGACACCAGAAUCGGAACCGGUGACCGAUGCGGAUGCAGAUCACAGCCCUCAGCCGUUGAUUAUCGUAGAUGAAGUCGAUUCGACCGGGCCACGAUCAUCCAAUAUAGAAAUCGGACCAGAUUCCAAAAAGAAUGUCCUGUUCAGACCGCACAUGAUGGAUGCCCAUGAUAGUUCAGAAUUGCAUCAAUCCGGUUUGGUCUUCAAACUCAAAAAGUGUACAUAUUGCACAUUCCAUUCGAUAGACGAACGUGAGUAUCAGCAACAUGUGCAAACACAUCGUCAACUGGCGUCAACCGCCACUGCGAACACUGAUUUUUCGUCCACUGUUUUGAACGGGACAUCUUCAAACGGAUCCACUCGUCAGACGACUUAG